GGCUCGGCCGGCUGCGCAUGCGCGGGGGUAGGAGGCGGCGGGGCAAGAUGGCUGCCGAGGAAGGCGUGCGGGUCGUCGGGAUCCGACCGGGCACCGGGCUGGGGAAACUGAUGCGGGCCCUGACGCUGCUGCUCUGGUUUGCCACCCGCGGCAACGCACUGUACUUCCACAUCGGGGAGACGGAGAAGAAGUGCUUUAUCGAGGAGAUUCCGGACGAGACCAUGGUCAUCGGGAACUACCGGACGCAGCUGUACGACAAGCAGCGCGAGGAGUACCAGCCGGCCACCCCGGGGCUCGGCAUGUUCGUGGAGGUGAAGGACCCCGAGGACAAGGUCAUCCUGGCCCGGCAAUAUGGCUCUGAGGGCAGGUUCACCUUCACCUCCCACACCCCUGGUGAGCACCAGAUCUGUCUUCACUCCAAUUCCACCAAGUUCUCCCUCUUCGCUGGAGGCAUGCUGAGAGUUCACCUGGACAUCCAGGUGGGCGAGCAUGCCAACGACUAUGCAGAAAUUGCUGCUAAAGACAAGCUGAGUGAGUUACAGCUACGAGUGCGACAGCUGGUGGAACAGGUGGAGCAGAUCCAAAAAGAGCAGAACUAUCAGCGGUGGCGAGAAGAGCGCUUCCGGCAAACCAGCGAGAGCACAAACCAGCGGGUGCUGUGGUGGUCCAUUCUGCAGACCCUCAUCCUGGUGGCCAUUGGCGUCUGGCAGAUGCGGCACCUCAAGAGCUUCUUUGAAGCCAAGAAGCUGGUGUAGCCGUCCCAGGCCUCACAGACCACCUUCCUUCCUAGGCUUGGGAGAAAAAGGCCCUCCUGGAACUGAUCACUUCUCUGGAGGGAGGACUGCUUCUCAGCCACGGACGAUCUGAAGGGGAGAGGGGCUGCGAGGACCCCCAGGCACAAGCUUGAGAACAGUGGCUGAGCAGGGGGUGGGCAAGCACCAGCCCUCCCCCUCCAGCCUCUGAACCUUUUGCAGUAAUCUCUUGGGUUGGUGACACCACUAGGAGCCCCAUUGGCACCUUAGAAUCUCACUGUUGCUGAUUAAGGGAUGUAAGGCUGCCUUCUGUCUGGGGUGGAUUUUGGGGGGCGGGGGGAGCGGGUGGGUGAGCAAGCCAAUCUUCCUUCGGUCUUCCUGUGCUAAUAUGGUAUUUCAAGCAGGGUGGUAUGUGGCUGUGAUUCUUCGCAGCCCUAAGAACCUUGCUCUUCUUUCCUUUGGCCUAGACCCUGCCUGCUGAUCCAGGGUGUCAGGGGAGGGGAGGGUGAAGGGGGUGGCAGUACAGAGAAGCAGCCCCAAGGUUGACCCUGGUUUCCUGAUAUGGUUGUCUUUCUGGGGCUUGAGGAAUUGGUGUCAGGCCAAACAGAGGCCUUGGUGCUGGCUGGGGAUGGGGCCUGCAGUCUUAGUUACUGAUUUCAUUUUCAAUGAGUUUGUUACAUUGGUUUCCCAAUUAAAAAGAAAAAAUUGA